UUGUUUACGCCUAUGGAUGAUGACGUACAUCAUGGUUAUCAUAACGUUAAUCAACAUAACGAUAACUUCCUUACAAUGACUUAAUUGAGUUUAAUAUUUUAGUUAAGCUUAGUAAAUCGACUUUUACUUAGUCAUAAUGGUUAUAUAUAAUUUAUUUAAAAGUAUAUCACGUUUAUCUUCCGUGAGAUGGCAAAUAUCAAUAAGACAUUAUUGUUAUGCCACUAAUGUAACUGAGCCACAAUAUGUUGGAAUCAAAAACAAUUUUACAAAUCAUCUGAAAUUUAUUAAUGCAGAAAAUUAUGAAUCUAUUCCUAUAUAUAGAAUCCUAGAUCCUGCUGGACAAACACAUUUUCUUGAAGAAAAUAAGGUUUUUUUAUUAAAAUUAGAUGAUAAAACGAAGAUUAAAAUUUAUCGUGAUAUGAUGACACUUACUAUAAUGGAUAAAAUUAUGUAUGAAUCACAACGACAAGGUCGUAUAUCUUUUUAUAUGACAAAUACUGGAGAAGAAGCUGUUCAAAUUGGUUCAGCCUCUGCAUUAAUGUUAGAAGAUGCAAUUUAUGCACAAUAUCGAGAAGCAGGAGUAUUACUUUGGCGUGGCUUUCAUAUCUCUAAAUUUAUGAAUCAAUGUUAUGGCAAUGUUGAAGAUGAAGGAAAAGGAAGACAAAUGCCUUGUCAUUAUGGAUCAAAAGAUUUAAAUUUUAUAACUAUAUCAUCUCCAUUAACAACUCAGUUGCCACAAGCUGUAGGUGCAGCAUAUGCAUAUAAAAGGGAAAAAAGACAAGCAUGUGUAAUGUGUUACUUUGGGGAAGGUGCAGCCAGUGAAGGAGAUGCUCAUGCAGCUUUUAAUUUUGCUGCUACUUUAUCGUGCCCAAUAAUAUUUUUGUGUCGUAACAAUGGUUAUGCUAUCUCAACACCUGCACAUGAGCAAUUUAAAGGAGAUGGUAUUGCAGCAAAAGGACCAAGUUAUGGAAUUAAUACAAUUCGAGUAGAUGGGAAUGAUGUACUUGCUGUACACUAUGCGACAAAAGCUGCUCGUCAGUUUUGCAUAAGUGAAGGAAAGCCUGUCUUAAUAGAAGCAAUGACUUAUCGUACUGGUCCUCAUAGUACCUCUGAUGAUAGUACAGUAUAUAGAACUAGCAAAGAAAUUGCUCUUUGGAAUGAUGUUGCACCAAUUCGAAGAUUUAGACAAUACAUACAGUCCUUAGGUAUUUGGAGUAAAGAACAGGAAGAUAAUUUGAAAAUAAUUAUAAAGAAAGAAAUUUUAGAUGCUUUUAUUGAAGCAGAGAAAAAACCUAAACCUCAUUGGAAGGAAAUGUUUACAGACACUUACUUUAAAAUGCCAGAUCAUAUAAGAGAUCAAAUGUAUUCCAUGGAAGAACAUCUCGCGACAUAUUACGAGCAUUAUCCAUUGAAAACAUUUCAAUCAUAAAUAACUUUUUAAUUAAAUAAUAAGAUAAUAAUUUAUUUCUUAAGAAUAUAUAUUUUUAUGUCUUAGUAUAUUUUAAUCACAUGCAAUAAAAAUAAUAAUAACAAAUAUGAAAUUUGUU